GCCCCGCGACGAGCACUCGGUGUGGGUCACGCGCCUGAACCAAGAUGGCAGCCGAGGAUCUUCCGUCUGAGUUUGACGUCGUCAUUCUGGGAACAGGUCUCACUGAGUCAGUGGUGGCAGCAGCCUGUUCUCGAGUGGGACAAAGAGUUCUUCACCUGGACACGAGAAGUUAUUACGCUGCCAAGUGGGCCAGCUUCACUUUUAACACGUUGCUGACUUGGAUCAAACAACAUCAGGAGCAGUCUCAGGGUGAUGAGGUCCAGGAUUGGUCUGGUCUCUUGGCAGAAGGGGAGGAGCCAAUCUAUGUGUCAAACACAGACUCUGCCUCUGUCUCGAACCUGCAAGUGUUCUGUUUUACAAGUGAGGACCAAGAAGAUGAUGAUGAAGAGAAGAGCAUAGAAGAAGAAUCAUGUGUAGAGUCAGAGCCAAAGGAGAAACAGCAGCAAACAGAAGAAGAGGAGGCUGUCCACACAGAAAAGGAGUCAGAUCUGCCACGCCCCCAGGAUGUUGCCAGCCAAUCGGAGCCAAACAGGAAGAUCACCUUCGCUCAGCUGGUGAAAGAAGGACGAAGGUUCAACAUCGACCUGGUCUCCAAGUUGAUGUAUGCGCGAGGCUCAUUGGUUGAUCUGCUCAUCAAAUCAAACGUCAGUCGCUAUGCAGAGUUCAAGAACAUUACCAGGAUCCUCACCUAUCGCCAUGGCAAUGUGGAACAGGUACCGUGCAGCCGUGCCGACGUGUUUGCUAGUCGUCAGCUAUCGGUGGUUGAGAAGAGGAAGUUGAUGCGUUUCCUGACUUCCUGUAUGGAGGAGACAGAGGAGCACAAGGCUUCCAGCGCACAGACAUAUUUGGAGUUCCUCCGUGACCAGCAGCUCAGCGACAACCUGCAACACUUCCUGCUCCAUUCCAUCGCCAUGGUAACCGAGGACACACCCACCGAAGUCGGCUUGACCUCCACGCGCCACUUCCUUCGGUGCCUAGGUCGCUAUGGUAACACACCCUUCCUGUUUCCGGUGUACGGCCUGGGGGAGAUCCCGCAGUGUUUUUGUCGGAUGUGUGCCGUGUUUGGAGGCGUCUACUGCCUGAGACAUCCCGUCAGCUGCCUUCUGCUCGACAAGACCACCAACAGAUGCAAAGCAGUGAUCGACAGCCGUGGACAGCGAAUCACUGGCAGCCAUUUUGUGCUUGAAGACAGCUACUUGUCCCCAGACUUUAAGAUGAUGGCCACACCCACCAGGUGUAUCUCCAGAGCUGUGCUGAUUACAGACUGCUCUAUUCUGCCCAGCGACUCUGAGCAGCAGCAGGUCUCUGUUGUAACGGUCCCUCCAAUGGAGGUGGGGUAUCCCGCGGUCAGGAUGGUGGAGCUUUGUCCGUCCACCAUGACGUGCAUGCCAGGAACAUAUUUGGUUCACCUCACCUGUCAAUCACUUGGCUCCGCCUAUGAGGAUUUGUCUCCUGUAGUUAAAAGGAUGUUCCGCACACCAGAGUCACAUGACCAAGCGGAACGUCCGUCUGUCCUCUGGUGUCUCUACUUCAACAUGGAGGAUGGCUCAGGUGUGGAGGUCCAAGGUCAGCAUGUGCCCUCUAACGUGUACCUGUGUUCAGGACCAGAUGGCGCUCUAGGUCACGAGCACGCCAUUCGACAGGCCGAGUCGAUCUUCCACAAAAUUGUUCCAGAGGAAGACUUCUGUCCGCCUGCUCCAAACCCUGAGGACAUCAUCUACGAUGGCGACAACGCCACCACAGACCAGGAGGGGGAGGGGGGAGAUGAGGAGCAGAAGAUUCAUGAGGAGUGAAAAAAAGUAUCAAGUUAAACCCUCCUCCAGUGCAUUAUGGGUAAAAUUGCCUUCAUUUUUUUAAAUUUAAGUUUAUUAAAAUCAAUAAAAGCUUCA